GGUUUUAAAAUGGCCGCUCAAAUGGCUAGCAGUGCGAUGGAGAAAGUUUCAGAGAAAGUUUCUUUUGCAAAAAAGAUUCCAUUGCUGAUGAAAGCCACUUCAGACGAUAAUAAUCCAACUUCUGGUUACAUGUAUCAGGAAAUUACUAGUAUAACAUAUGAAUCACUCAGCAGCUGCAAUUCUCUGUUAGAUUUUUUCAUUAGUAGACUGAAGAGGCAAUCACCAUAUAUCAAGUACAAGGUACUAAAGAUUUUGUGCUAUGUUGGAAGCAAUGGUCAUUCUGAGUUCAGAAGUGCUCUACGGCAUAAAGCUGAUAUUGUCAGAGAAACUGAAAGUUUUACUGGUCAGUUGGAUCAUCUACAGGGUGAUGCUCUCAAUCAACGAGUUAGAGCCGCAGCAUCAGAGUUAAUUGCACUACUCUUCAAUGUUGAGAGCAGUGGAACUUCAACCAUGCAUGCAAUGAGGGGACCAACAGGAAAGAAGAUGGAAGGAUUUGGAAACUCACCUUCUCAACAGCCAAAAAACAAAACGUGGCUUGAUUCCAUGAAAACUAUGGCUGAACGUCUUCCAGAGGCAGCAAAUCGUUUUGCAUCAAAGAAAGAAAAAGAAAGUAUGGCAUCAACUGGAGGAUCAACUGGAGGCAUCAGAUUUGUUAAUUACGUUGAUUUUUCAGAUCCUGAUUCAGAUUCCAAGACAUUUGUGGAUGAUGAAGUCUCCCAUCAUUCAUCAGGAGACCAAGAAUCAGUAGAACUGGAAGAUACCUUGUCUGUAGAAGUUCAUCUUGUUGAAAACAUUACAUCUGAAGGUGGAAUACGUGCAGUGCCUUCAAAGCAAGAUUUAAAUCAGUUCACAAAAAGAUGCUCUUCCUUAAAUUUCAAUGAGGUAUUGAUAGCACUGAACAGCAGACUACUGGAACCAGUCACUGAAGUUCAACUGAAGUCACUACAUGUUUUGGAGCACCUUUUAAAGAGUGAUAUUCCUUGUGUGGCCUCAAGAAUGUCUCGAUUUUGCACAAAUUUGGAAGGAAUUACAAAAUCAGAAAGUGGUAGUGUUUUAUCCAAGGCUACAAAGAUCUUGUAUUUACUGAAUGCAAAAAGAAAAACAGAGGGAACUGAGAAAGAUGUCCAAGUCUCAGUUGAAGAAAGAGAUGUCCCAGUGGUUGGAGACACUGUAGACUCCUCACUUCAGUCAACAACAGAUCAAAAUCUUGCUCUAUUUUUUGGUAUGAGUUUGCAUUCGCAAACAGACUCCACCACAGUAUCAGCACUGUUCGAUUCCAACACUACUGUUCAAGAUGAAAUCUUCUAGGGGAGUAAUGGAUGUGUUCUAAGGACUUGAUCUUUCAAGUGGGAGUGACACCUUUAGAAGAAAACAAUACUACAAAUCAAAGAGAUAAGGGUGCUAAAUCUGACUUAGAUGAUUUGUUUUCCGUUAAAGAGGAUAUCACACGAUCAAGCCCCGUAAAAAAAAGGCUAACGCCCAAGAAGCCGCUAAGGACAGCGUGACAGAUCUCUUUGAUCCACUGCUAACAGACAAUACCUUCAGAAUGCUGUUGGAAAUCAUGUCACGCAAUCCAAUUUGGCUUCAAUUACUGAAGCAAGGGAGAAUUACUUUUCGAAUUCAAAGACAAACGUUCUAAAGGAUCCCCAACUUGUGAGCUACGGCAACAGUUUAAUAUCACCUUACGACGGCAAUUUACGUCCAACGAAACUUUUUGAAUGUAAAUAGCGCCGGCUCUGUCUCAGUAAACCUUGAAAGGGGUUCACAAAUUUUCGGGAAUGUGGAUGAAUUGUCACACAACAAAACUGCACAACCAAAUGUCACGUUAUAUGCCAGCGAACCACAAAGAACACAACAGCUAUACAAAAUUAUACAAUUUCCUUUUGACUCCCAUCCAGUUGUUCAACCGCCUGUUAUGUGUGACCCGUCUACAAUCACUUUAAGACAUUCAAAACAGUCGAGUCAAAGAACUGAUUUUAGUUUCGUUGGAGAACCCGGUAAAGCAGAUGCGUUUAGUUUUGUCCAAGAUGAGAUGGAAGCAAGAAAAUCAAUUUAUGAGUAAAGUAAUUUUGUCACUGAAAAUGAUUUAUCAAUGAAAAAACUUUAUUUGACAAAGACGUUAUAACAACAGUAGAAUGCAUCAAAGAUGCCCAAAGACAUAAAGACAAAAAAGAAGUAGAAGUAGUUUAUUUAAAGUGAGAGUUGAAGACAGUCGAUUUUGUUUUAUAUAAUAAGUUAUGUUUGAAUUAAAUUUAGCCUGGAGCCUUUUAA